GCGAGUGUGUGAGAGGCGCGGACACCCUGGAGGGAGCAGAGGACGCGUGUCGGGCUGGGUCGGACCUGAACCCCUAAAAGCAGAACCGCCUCCCGCCCUCGCGCCCGCCACCCUCUUGGAGCUGAGUCGCCGGCGGCGGUGGCAGCUGACGGACCCAGAGUUUCCUCUUUCACUGGAUGGAGCUGAACUUUGGGCGGCCAGAGGAGUGCGGCGGUCCGGGGAUCGCUGCAUGCUGAACUCCCUUGGAGAGAUCCAGCGGCGGUUCGGGAAUUUUUUGGGGGGCGGGGACCAGCUGCGCGCAGGCACCAUGUUCCUGGCGACCCUGUAUUUCGUGCUGCCGCUUCUGGACUUGCUCCUGUCGGCCGAGGUGAGCGGCGGGGACCGCCUGGACUGCGUGAAAGCCAGCGACCAGUGCCUGAAGGAGCAGAGCUGCAGCACCAAGUACCGCACGCUGAGGCAGUGCGUGGCGGGCAAGGAGACCAACUUCAGCCUGGCAUCCGGCCUGGAGGCCAAGGAUGAGUGCCGCAGCGCCAUGGAGGCCCUGAAGCAGAAGUCGCUCUACAACUGCCGCUGCAAGCGGGGUAUGAAGAAGGAGAAGAACUGCCUGCGCAUUUACUGGAGCAUGUACCAGAGCCUGCAGGGAAAUGAUCUGCUGGAGGAUUCCCCAUAUGAACCAGUUAACAGCAGAUUAUCAGAUAUAUUCCGGGUGGUCCCAUUCAUAUCAGAUGUUUUUCAGCAAGUGGAGCACAUUCCCAAGGGGAACAACUGCCUGGACGCGGCCAAGGCCUGCAACCUCGACGACACCUGCAAGAAGUACAGGUCGGCGUACAUCACCCCCUGUACCACCAGCAUGUCCAACGAAGUCUGCAACCGCCGCAAGUGCCACAAGGCCCUCCGGCAGUUCUUCGACAAGGUCCCGGCCAAGCACAGCUACGGCAUGCUCUUCUGCUCCUGCCGGGACAUCGCAUGCACGGAGCGGAGGCGACAGACCAUCGUGCCCGUGUGUUCCUAUGAAGAGAGGGAGAAGCCCAACUGUUUGAAUCUGCAGGACUCCUGCAAGACGAAUUACAUCUGCAGAUCUCGCCUUGCAGAUUUUUUUACCAACUGCCAACCGGAGUCAAGGUCUGUCAGCCGCUGUCUAAAGGAGAACUACGCCGACUGCCUGCUUGCCUACUCGGGGCUUAUUGGCACAGUCAUGACCCCCAACUACAUAGACUCUAGUAGUCUCAGCGUGGCCCCGUGGUGCGACUGCAACAACAGCGGGAACGACCUGGAAGAGUGCUUGAAAUUUUUGAAUUUCUUCAAGGACAAUACGUGUCUUAAAAAUGCAAUUCAAGCCUUUGGCAAUGGCUCCGAUGUGACCGUGUGGCAGCCAGCCCUCCCAAUACAGACCACCACUGCCACCACCACUACAGCCUUCCGGGUCAAGACCCAGCCCCUGGGGCCAGCAGGGUCUGAGAAUGAAAUCCCCACUCAUGUUUUACCACCGUGUGCAAAUUUACAGGCACAGAAGCUGAAAUCCAACAUGUCGGGAAGUACACACCUCUGCAUUUCUGAUCAUGAGUAUGAAAAGAAUGGUCUCCCUGGUCCUUCCAGCCACAUAACCACAAAAUCGAUGGCCGCUCCUCCAAGCUGCGGUCUGAGCCCACUGCUGGGGCUGGUGGUAACCACUCUGUCCGCCCUGUUAUCUUUAUCUUUGACAGAAACAUCGUAGCUGCAUUUAAAAAAAAACAGUAUGGACAUGUAAAAAGACAAAAACCAAGUUAUCUGUUUUCUGUCCUCUUGUAUAUCUGAAAUUCCAGUUUUAGGAGCUCAGUUGAGAAACAGUUCCAUCCAACUGGAACUUUUUUUGUUUUUAAGAAAGCUUCUUGUGAUCCUUAGGGACAUCUGUGGAAACCCUGAUGCAGUGCACAUUCCAGACUCAGAAGGUUUGGGGCAUGCUGUAUUUUAAAGGGAUGGUUUGUAAAUUUGGCUGUAAAGCAGACUGGGGCCAUAUUUUUCAUGAUGAUGAUGAUGAUGAUUGUAACAAUUUUAAUUCUGGCAUUUACUAGCUAGGGAAGGAGUUAGUAUUUCUAAAGAAUCCUCCAUAUCUCAUGUAAUGGCUUUGAUUUCUGAUGACAUAAACUGUAGCCUGACAUAGAUGCCAAGCUUUUUUUGCCACGAAGCGGAAGUUCUCAUCAAGAGUAGACUUUGUGGACACAAACUUGUACCGAUGUUCACCUUUCUAUAUAUACUAGCAUUUUCCGUGCUAAUGUUUAUAUACUGUGAACAGUUCUACACUCUCCUACAAAACAGAAAACACCUGUCACAUCCAAAUAUAGUAUCUAUCUUUUAGUCAACUAGAGAGGGAGAAUGAGUUUGCAGCUUCACAGUACCUCGAUCGUUGGACGACACUCUCCUAGGCCUUACCUGAGUGUGAAGCCCUUAAAUUAACAAGAGUCAAAUGUAGCUGAAGUGUCGCUCUGAUACUCCUUACCUGAGAUUAUAUGUAGAAAAAAACAAUUUUACUACUAAAUGAUUUCAACUAUUGGCUUUCUAUAUUUUGGACGUAAUGAUACUGUUUUCAUUUUUUACUGAUGGUUUAAUACAAAUUCAUGGAGCUUGUUUUUCUCUCCUAAGUAGCGUAAGCUCCAAUAUUAACUUCACAGAUACAGCUCUUCAAAAGCAGACUCUGAGGAGCCUUGUGCUUAAGCAGAACGCUCUGUAUCACGUUACUGUGGACAGGCUGGAGGAACAGAACAGCCAAGCAUCGUCUUUUAUCAUUUCUUGAAAUGCGAGCAUGCAUACCUGUGUGGAGACCAGCAGCCACUUGUAAAUGUUCUGCACCGUCUAAUGGCACCCUUGCCAUUGACACCAUCUAGCACCUGGGUUUUCAGGUUAUGUGACAAAGGCAGCUUAGAUUGGGACAGGGCAGGGCUGUGUUGCCCUCUUUUUUGAAGCAGAUCCGUGCCAGGGGACACAGUUCUUUUCCUAGGGGUUUUCUUUACAAACCUGUGAUGUCAUGGCCAUUGCUUAGAACAAUUUGGCCCGAAGGUUGUCAGGAAUCUGCUUGCAUCUUGUUCUGUGUCCUCUGUGACAGACUGUGACUAACCAUGUGAAAAAAGAAAGGUGUUUGAAUCAAGAGGAUCAACAUUAGGUCUGGUGAGAUGAGUUGGUUGGCACAGAUAAGCAGAACAGGACACUGUCCAUGCGGCAUCUGGCUGCGUAACUGCACGUCAUCUUCCACUGUGCUCUUCCUGAAACCAAUAUCGACCUGAAAGGGCACUUUUGAAGUCUGCUUUAGAUGGUGAGAUUCAGAAUCUACAAUGGUCAAGUACGAAUGACCAUGUUUCUCCAAAACUGAAGAAAAAAAAGGAGAUUCUACCUUAAGAGAGUACGGGGAGCAUUAGCUUUCUUCCCAUGUGGGGACGGGGUGGCGGAGGAAACUCGUGGUGCAUGUUUCGUACUGAUCCCCUUUGCCCACUGAUAUCUGCCUUGUAAGAUUAAUCAAAUUCCUGGGGGGGAGAGGAAAUCUAUGAAAUCCAAAAUCAAGGCAUAGUCUUUUAGCUUUAUUGGUGUUCGAAGUACGUUUGCAUCCAAAUGUUAAUAAACACAAAUGUACAAUCCUCAGUACCAACUUUUCUCACUUCGAAAUGUUUUCAAGGGAAAUUCACCAAGCACCCAA